AUGAUUUCAUUCAGGCAAGCAGCUUAUUUCAUUUGCUUGUUUACUACAGUUUCCUAUGGAUGCCUGACUCAACUAUAUAGAAAUAUCUUCUUCAAAGGUGGGGAUGUAGCUGCCAUCUACUCCCCAAAUGCCCAACACUGUCAGAUGAUGUGUACCUUCCAUCCAAGGUGUUUGCUAUUCAGUUUUCUUCCUGCAAGUUCAACUAACAACACAGACAAAAGGUUUGGUUGCUUCUUCAAAGACAGUGUUACAGGAUCCUUGCCAAGAGUAUCACGGACAAAUGCAAUUUCUGGACAUUCCUUAAAGCAAUGUGGUCAUCAAAUAAGUGCUUGCCACCGUGACAUUUAUAAAGGAAUUGAUAUUAGAGGAGUCAAUAUUAAUGAAUCUAAAGUUGAAAGUGUUGAAGAAUGCCAGAAAAGAUGUACGAACAAUAUCCUCUGCCAAUUUUUCACCUAUGCCACAGAAAAAUUUUAUAUUGCAGGAUAUCGGAACACCUGCAUAUUAAAGCACAGUCCUGGAGGUACACCCACAAGUAUAAAAGUCCUGGAUAAUGUGGCAUCUGGAUUCUCACUGAAGCCCUGUGCACUCUCAGAAAUUGGCUGCAACAUGAACAUCUUCCAACAUCUUGCCUUUACUGAUGUGGAUGUUGCCAGAGUUAAGGCUCCAGACGCUCUUGUAUGUCGAACCAUCUGCACUUAUCACCCCAACUGCCACUUCUUCACCUUCUAUCCGAAUACAUGGACCAUCGAAUCCCAAAGAAAUAUUUGUUUCCUUAAGACUUCGAAAAGUGGGGCACCGAGUCCCCCCACUCCUCAGGAAAAUGCCAUAUCUGGAUACAGCCUUUUAACCUGCUCAAAAACUUUGCCUGAGCCCUGCCAUUUCAAAACUCACUCAAGAGUUGAUUUCGGAGGGGAAGAACUGAAUGUGACCUUCGUGGAAGGAGUGAAUGUUUGCCAAGAGACUUGUACAAAGAUGAUCCGCUGUCAAUUUUUCACUUAUUCUUUACUCCCAGAGGAUUGUAGAGGAGAGAAGUGUAAAUGUUCCUUGCGAUUGUCUUUGGAUGGUUCCCCUACCAGGAUUACAUCCAGGACACAAGUGAUCUCUGGUUAUUCUUUGAGGUUGUGUAAAAGGGGAGAUGGCUCUGUUUGCACAACAAAUGCAAACUCACGCAUCGUUGGAGGAACAGACUCAGCAUGGGGAGAGUGGCCCUGGCAGGUGAGCAUGCAAGCUAGGCUGCCAGCUCAGAGGCACCUGUGUGGAGGCUCCAUCAUCAGCCCGCAGUGGGUCCUGACUGCUGCCCACUGCUUUGAUGGGCUUUCCUUCCCAGAUAUUUGGAGAAUUUAUAGUGGCAUUUCAAAUCUGUCGGCGAUAACAAUGGAAACACCCGUCUCAAAAAUUAAAGAGAUUAUUAUUCACCAAGAUUAUAAAAUCUCAGAAAGUGGUCAUGAUAUUGCUUUAGUAAAACUUGAGGCACCUUUGAAUUACACUGAAUUACAAAAACAAAUAUGCCUACCUUCCAAACACAACAUAAAUACAAUUUAUACCAACUGUUGGGUAACUGGAUGGGGUUUCACAAAGGAAAAAGGUGAAAUCCAAAAUAUCCUCCAGAAGGCAAGUAUUCCUUUGGUAACAAAUGAAGAAUGCCAGAAAAGAUACAGCGAUUAUGAAAUAACCAAGCAGAUGAUUUGUGCUGGCUAUAAAGAAGGCGGGAAAGAUGCUUGUAAGGGAGAUUCAGGUGGUCCCUUAGCUUGUAAACACAAAGGAAUAUGGCACUUGGUGGGCAUCACCAGUUGGGGUGAAGGCUGUGGCCACAGGGAUCACCCAGGUGUCUACACCAAAGUUGCUGAAUACUUGGACUGGAUUUUAGAGAAGACAGAACAGUGAUGGACAGCCU